AUGGGAGCUGUAGACAAGACACAUGACGAGGUGUUGGAUAACAACCUAUCGAAUCUAAAGCGAUUGGGUGAGUUUAUGAACCACCUAGAAGAGACGACACAACAGUCUAUGCUCAACAUGGAGAGAAUGUGUCAAACAAACAGUGCACUCGCCACCUCGAUGUGCAACUUUAUACUCUCUGAAUUAUCAGAUGAAAAGGAAUUCUCUACAGGUUUAUUAUCAAAGUUCUUUAAACGAACAACACCUGAAUCUGGUGAUCUUUCAAUUAGAUUUCAAGAUUCUGUUCAAAGAUUAUACGAUUCAUUUGGUACAAUUGGACAUGAUAAUUUAAGAACAACUAUUGAAUCAUUGGAUACAAAUGUUGUGAUACCAUUCAAAAGAGACAAAGAAAUGAAUAAAGUAACAAAACAAGUAUUGGAAAAGAGAAAGAAAUUAAACCUAGAUUAUGAUUCAACUAAAAGAGCUUCUUCGGAUAUGGAUAAGAUUAGAAUGGCAAAAGAGGAAUUUGAUCAAGCAUCAAAGAAUACAAACAAUCAUAUACAAACAAGAUCAUUUAUUAGAUGUAAAUUGAUCGUUCAUAGUAUUAUUACACUUGUACAACAAUUUUGUAUCUUUUUCGAAAGCAACUCGGUAUUGUUGGAGGGUUUGCUAGGGUUUAUCGAACCAAUGGUAGACACUUAUCAACUUGAUAUCCCUGAACUAGCUGAUAUCUAUAGACCAAAGAAACCAACCUCUCCAUCCACUCCACCUCCACAACACAAUAGACCAAGUUCUCCUACCCCUCCACCAGUCUAUCCUUCCCCACCUCCUUCUUAUAAAGAUUCAGUAAACAGUAAUAGUAAUAGUCAUACUCGUCCAAGAAGUGGUAGUAGUGGACAACAACAACAACAACCAUUACAUGGACAAUUUAGAAAUAUGAAUAUGAAUGAUAAUGGACCUUAUAGUCCAACUGGUGGGUCGAGUAGUGAAGAUUCAUCACCGCCAUCAACCAAAAGAAAUGAUUCUAGAAAUGAAAAUUUGUUUAGUGUUUGGGAUGAUGAAAAUAGUAAUAAUAGUAAUAGUAAUAAUAGUAAUAGUAAUAAUAAUAAUAAUAAUACAAAUGGUAAUAAUACAUCAUCAUCAUCGUCAACAACAACAACAACAAAAUCUGGGUUUGGUGACGAUUGGAUGUAUGAAACUCCAAAUUCAACUCCAAAAGAAUCACCCUUUAAACCAACACCAAAUUCCUCUUCGACAAAUGCUACAAAUACAAAUUCACCAUCAUCAUCUAAUCAAUAUGAAUUCCAAUCUCCUCAUCAACGUCAACAACCACCACAACAACCAUCAAAUGGUUCAUACAAUCCACCACCUUUUCAACAACAACAACAACAACAAACACGACAACCUCCUCCUCCUCAACAACAACAAUGGAACAAUAAAAAUAAUAGUAAUAAUAAUCAACAACAACAACCUCCUCAAUCUCAACCUGCUCCUCCUCCACCUACAAAUCAAAACAAAUCAAGUUAUGAUCAUAUAUUUGGAGAUUUUGAUUUCCCACCAUCGUCAACAACAUCAUCAACUGGAAGUGGAGGUGGAACACAACCUCAACAAUUUACAUCAUUUUUCAUGCCAAACUCUCAACCACCACCAUCAAUGAACUUUUCUCCACAUGUAGAUCAUAGGGCACAAUCUGAACGUGAAACAUUGGAACCUGCCAUUUCGGAAAAGGUUAAAAGAUGGGCAGAGGCAAGCACUGGUAAAAAGAAUGAUAUCCGUAUGCUGAUAUCUACACUUCACGAGGUGUUGUGGGAAGGAAGUGGAUGGGAAAAGGUGAAUCGUGGACAAAUGGUGGCACCAACUCAAGUUAAAAAGUACUAUAGAAAGGCCAUUAUGGUGGUUCAUCCCGACAAGGUUAAUCUAGGAUCAACCGAACAAAAAAUAGUGGCUCAAAGAAUUUUUGAAAGACUACGAGAUGAAUUUGAAAUAUUACGUGUUAGAGAUUUAGAACCAUCUAGUCAAUAA